AUGCAUACGCCAACGCAACUGCCGCCUCGAACGCUCCAGCACCGGCACUCGGUCGCACACGGUCUCCUGAGGGAACCUCCUCCUUCGCCCUAUCCUCCCCCUCUCUCCCGUUCAGCGACCUACGUACCUCAGCCAACUGCACCUCCGAGCCCAGCGCCACCUUUCCUCCACCACAACUCGGAGGGGACGCAUCCUUACGCCCAAGUCGGACCCUCCGCCGGCUUUCCCGCAGUGUCUUCCACUACAUUUCGCCAGUCGAAUGGCUUGAUCCCGCUACAAGAAGCGGUUGCACUGAACCGGGAACGGACGAUCAGGGCGCAGCAGCUAGGGGGAGGCGGGAGCGCCCGAGCGAACAGCGGGCCAGGCAGUUUCGCCGACUCAUCGAGGGCGGCGUCCGGCUCGUCCAGCUUGCCGAGGGGUGAAGGAGGUACGAAGAAGCUGUUCAGAAAGCGGACGUCCGUGCCGGGCACCGCGCCUUCUCCGCCUUCGGCGUCGCCUUAUCCUCCGAUUCCGCCGCGUCCUCAGCCACCAGCAAUACCGUCCGCGCAUUACGCCAGCUACUCGCCUUCCUCCUACUAUCCCGACCGCCUCCCGUAUUCCUCUACCUAUCCGCCUGUAUCUCCGCACCAGCCUACUUCUCUCCCGGCCUCGCCUAUCUCGCCUCAUACCCCUGCCUAUCCAGCUUACCCGUCGACCGCAUCUCUGCCGCAUUUACCGAUCUCGUCGCCCCGGACCCCUGAAGAGUUCGAGGCAGAACAGCUCAAUCGCAUUCGUCGCGAGUCUCUCGAGUCCGAGCAAGCCCGUCUCGCAGCCUUGCAGUCGCAGACCAACCAGCUCCUCUCGACACUCGACUCGUCAGCGCACGAACAAGCCGAACUCGACCGCCUGCAAGCGGAGGAAGAAGAGCGUCUCUUGCGUGAAGCGCUCGAGCGAAGUAGGAUCGAAGAGGAGGAGCGAGGGAGGGAGGAGCGGCGACGGCGUCUCGAGGAAGAGAAGGAGGUCCAGCGCGCGAUUCAGGCGAGUCGGACGGACAAGGGAAAAGGAAGGGCUUCGACUGCGGAGGUUGAAGACGAGGUAUCAAGGCGGGAAAGGGAGGCGCUCGAGCUGGCGAUGCAGCUGAGCUUGGAGGAAACGGGUCGUCGAGCGGCGUACGGCAGUGGUCGAACCGAGACGAGCGCGCAGGCUUUCGAGCGGUACAGUCUGCCCUCGACUUCGUCCGACGCUCACCCUGCACACCCAUCCGCGCCUCUCGACCUCGUCGCGAUCGACUCGGAACCCGAUGACCUUCCGCCCGCCUACGAGUAUCCCGCAUACGCUCCCGAGUUCGACCUUCCUACGGAUGUCAUCCUCGGACCUGGUCGACCACUGCCGGUUGCACCGCCCGGGCCGCCGAACAGCUAUGUCGAUACUGUUUCGAUACCGCCAGCUGCGCGCGGUCCACUGCCUAUCCCCCCGAUCGAAAUUUCCUCGUCCGCAUACUCUACCUACUCACCGCAUCCGCCCGCCUUGCGACACGACUCGGCCAGCUCAAACGGCUACGACUCGCUCGCAGCGACCGCCGGCUCGUUCAGCGACUUGAGCGGGAGCGCGCGACAUGCGGACGAAGCUGGUGCAGCUGAGGGAGGCGACGACCCGUUCGACGACCGCUUCGAAGCGAGCGACGGGGAGGAUGUCGAGAGCGGGUACAGCAGCGUCGCUGUUUCGGAGGCGCCGUCUGCUGCGUCGUCGCAGGAGGGCCAGAUGAAGGACCUCUUUGCGGCCGUCCUCGCGCGACGGGCGACGAUCCGAGCCAACGGGCCGCCGGAACUGCAUCUUGCGGUCGCAGGACCCCACGCCGACCACGAUCGCGGCGAGGACUUGUCUCUUCUUCCGCCGCUGACUUCGACAAACGAGGCGCUCGAGGGGCAGCAGGUCACGCCGACCACCGUCACAUCGCUGCCUAUACCUUCUCCGCCUGUUCCUCCCGCGUCUGCCCCAACGACACCUCCCCUCGCACAACCGCUGCUCACGCCGCCUACGAUUGGUCCAACGCCAGCCUCCGCGCCCGCAUCACCCGCAGCCUCCUUCCGCUCAGAUCCGUCGUUCGGUGGCUUCGUCGAAGAUGCGACCUCUCCCGCCGCAUUCGCCGACGAGCACAUCCUCCGCGACGUGCGAUGGGGCUUUGUCAACGAGGCGCAGAGCAAGAGCGGGCGGUAUUCCAGCUUGGAACAUGAAGGCGAUUUCCCUCGCGGCGCGCAGCUGUCGCUCGGCAUGGAAGAGGACGGCAGGCAGCUGUACCGGUCGUUUGCGGUGGAGGCGAGGACUUGGCAGGGUUUGCUCGUCUACCUCAUGUGGCACGGCAACUCUCGCCUGGAAGCUGCGCCUGCAGAUUUACAGGGCGAAAAGUCCGGCCGUGGACUGCGCGUCGCGAUUGCAGUCGACUUCUUCCGUUCUCCCGCCUCGAACCCCUCCUCCGCAGUCUCGGUCCGUCCGCCUCGAGUCCGCGUUCGCAUCACCCUUCAGCCUCCCUCGCAAGAUUCCCCUAACUCGCACGACACCGCCUCCGUCACGCCAGUCGCUCCCGCCUCUCUCGAACCAGUCAAUCCGUCGAUCCGGCUCACGCUCGACAUGCGACCCUACCUCCCUCUCCCGCUUUCCGCCCUCGCUACUAUCCUCUCACGUGCGCAUACGCAGUCACGCCAAGCACUGCGCUCCUCGCACGUCUCGUCGAACGGCAACAGCGCGGGAGCGGUCCUCGCGCGCGCGGUCGACCUGUUCCGCAGGUUAAACGGCGAGACGGUCACGAACGACUUUUCGGCAGAGAGCGCUACUGAUGAGCACGACGAGUACGGCUUGCUCGACCGGAUGAAGGCGCGACUGAGGCGGAGAAGGGGACCACGGGUUUUGCACAGCGACGAUGGGCGCGGGCCUGUGAGACGCCCGACUGGUGGGCCGCUUCCCGAAGGCGCUCUCCUAAUCACUCCUUUCAGUAUCGACCCGACUUGA